UUGAGACUCACUAGGGCUUAAUUCCAAGGCUUUAAAAACCUAGCUCUCAAGCUUUCGCCCACCGCAUCGUCACCGUGUGCUCCUCCUCUUCUUCUUCACAGAUUAGUAAGUGUUUGAACAAGCAAACCAAGAUGCAGAACGAAGAGGGGGUUAUCACCGAACUUUACAUUCCAAGGAAAUGUUCAGCCACAAACAGGUUGAUUACUUCAAAAGACCAUGCCUCCGUUCAGAUUAACGUUGGGCAUUUGGAUGAGAAUGGCGUGUACAAUGGCCAUUUUUCCACCUUUGCUCUCUGUGGAUUCGUCCGUGCUCAGGGAGAUGCUGACAGUGGAUUGGACCGUCUCUGGCAGAAGAAGAAAGCUGAAAUCCGACAACAGUAGGGCAAGGGAGAAACAAUCUAGUUUAUUUAUGUCUUCGAAAUGCUGUUCAAGGGUAGAGACUAUGUACUCUUAAGGAUUUUGCCUCUAUUUGAUCAGUUAUUAUUAAUAUUGCAACUACUUUUUACUCUUUAUGUGUUGCUGUCUGAAUUAUGUUUUUUAAGACGAUCGAAAUAUUCAUGUUACCGUCUUAAGGUACCUUUCACUAUGUAUUUGCUUUGCUUCUUGAGCAAUAUCUAGAAUUUGUGAGCUGCAUUUGUUUAAGGUAUGAGAUUUUGUUUUUGAAGCCUUU